AUGCUAGAACGAACGGAGCUUUUAUUGUCGCAUUACGAUCGGGAGAUUUGUCCGCAUCAGAUUGCGCUCCCAGCUGACGACGCAGGCAACCCAUAUAGACUCUAUAUCUUACCGCUAGCAUAUGAGCAAAUUGGUCCUCUAUAUGCAGUUCUCGGGCUUACGGCGUGCCAUAUUGGGAUUAAGAAAGAUGAUGCUUAUCCGCGAGAUACUUUAGCAGUCGAGUAUCAAGCCAGAGCUAUUCGUUGCCUUAGCGAAACGCUACAAAAUGAUAUUUCUGGGGAGUUAGGUGAAAAUGAACGUGAUGGAAUCUUUGCUACCAUUCAGGUCCUAUUGCUGCAAGAUGCGAGUCAACUGUUUGAAAUUUUUACAUUGAAAACCAGAUGGUUGACGCGAACGAAGAUCUUCGAAACGGGCAUCUCUACUCACGGAAUCCACAUUACGGGUGCUUUAUCAAUCCGCAACCAGCUACGCUUAUCCGAUAUCUUGACCGAGGGUCAUGAACGAAAUAUUCUUCCUUGGAAAUCUGGCAUGGCAAGUCCUCAAGUUCAGCCUCUGUAUUCCAUUCAAAAGCUUAAUGUAAGAUAUAGGUUGGACAUAAUCAGGUCCCUCGCAGACCCGCAAAAGCUGUGCUUCUCUCCUGCCCUCCGAGAAAUAAUCGUCAAUCUAAGUGAUCUUAAAUUCGAGCAAGUCAAUGGGUGUCCUCGCGAACUAUUCCUGACAAUAGGAACUGUUCUGGGACACGCAAAAGCCCAUGAAAUAGGCCAUAUGGACGGACACCCCCCAAUACGAGCGAGUUCUCAUUGCCGCCCGGUAUGGCCGCUUCACGUGGCGUCUUUUACCGGGCGUAUAUCCAAACUACCAUUCACGCUGGCCGGCAGUCGCCGAAGCAUUCCGACACGCUUGAAUACUGCACACAUCCCGCUUGUUAGAUGCGUACGAGCCGAAGCGACAAUUAUACAAAUAUCUGUAACGGCUAUCUUAGAUGCUAUUGCUGAAAUCCCACGGUCUGUCAUCUUAUGGAGUUGCUAG